AUGUCGACCAAGGAUAUCUUUGUCAACGACGACUAUGAACACGAUGAUCGCUGGACCGGCGUCGAUGCGUACGGCGUCGCGCAUCUUCAUCCUCCCACGCGUCCCAACGCAGCCGCUUUGAACGCGGCUCUCGAACACAUCCGGAGCAGCGGGAUGCCGGAUGAUUCGACCUACCCGGCGUUCGGCAAGUAUCUGGCCCUCCAGUGUCGCAUUGGGAACGUAAAGAACGUUCUCGAGGUCGGCCUCCUCGGAGGCUACACGGCCAUCUGGAUUGCGACCCUGAACCCCGGGAUCCGCAUCACCUGUCUGGAGGUCGAUCCGAAACACGCGCGGGUUGCCCGCGAAAACAUCGAACGGGCGGGGGUUGGCGAUCAAGUAGAGAUCAUCGUCGGCCCAGCGCUGGAGACGCUGCCGAAGAUCAAAGCGGAGGUGGUCAGUGGGCAGCGUCCCCUGUUCCGGGUUCACCUUCAUCGACGCCGACAAGGAGAACAACUGGCCGUAUUUCGACCUCGCCGCGAGCAUCAGUCUGCCUGGUUCCGCGAUUAUCGUCGACAACGUGGUGCGCAAAGGCAACAUUGUCAAACCGGAGAAGCUCAAGGAGGGACCCGUGGCGGGGGCGCUUACCAUGUACAGUACAGUACAGUACCGAGUGCAGUCAAUCCCGUGGUUCUGACCGUGGUAGAAACCAAUCAAGCGUCUGCCCAGACCGAGUCCUCCGACCCCGUUCGGCCCGUCCGCCAUCUGCAUGCAGGUGGAGAAUUAGGCUCAUGCAGGGUCCACGAGGGGUUUUGGCUCCACGAUCCACGCCAACCUAGCUGUAAACCACCCCAAUUGCACUAUAUUGCUUACGAGAUCAUACCAGUGCAUGGCAGAUGA